AUGCCCUCUCCUCCCCCGCCAUUUCAUUUGUUACGCUCUCAUCACUCCCCAAUCUCUUCAGUCCACUUCAACCCUUCGAACACCCUCUUAUACUCGGGCGAUCAAGAUGGGUAUAUAAGCAUACUAGAUCUGAAAGUAAGAAGAGUGGUAGGGUAUUGGAAAGCUCAUGAAGGAGGUAUAUUGGGAUUGGAAGAAUGGCAAGGUGGAUUGAUAAGUCAUGGGAGAGAUAAUAUCAUCCAUUUUCAUCAAACUCUCAAGAAACCAUAUAUCUCCUUCGGUAUAGGUAAUACCCAGAAGAAGGGUCUGGAGGUGGUUAAGAGUUUGCCGACGAAUACAUCGAAUUUCUGCAGAUUCUCUUUAUUACCUUUAUCACCGUCCACUGUGGACAAUCAUGAUGAAGUGAAUCCAAAAGGCAAAGGCAAAGAGACAGAAGCGUUGAUGGCUGUACCUAGUUUACUGGAUUCUGAGCUUGUCGAUAUAUUUCAUCUUCCAUCAAUGAGGCGUAUACACGCUUCAGUGAAUUACCUUCCAAAAGUUACACCCCUGUCGGAUGAUACAGUAGUACCCGAUCAGGCUCGUUCGGGUCUGGUCAUGUCAAUUCAUCUUCGACUUAACCCUGCAACUUCCCAAGUCACCUUGAGUAUAGGUUACGAAGAUGGUCGAGUCGAACUAUUCAUAUCUUCGACCCAAUCGAUAGAUGUUGUAUUCGAUGCUAGGAUGUCACAAACACCUGAUGAUAAUCCGUGGAAGAUGGUUUGGAGAGGAAAGGGUCAUAAUGAGGCGGUUAUGGGCAUGGACGUGGAUAGAUUUGGAAGGUAUGGGUGGACAGUCUCGGCAGAUCAUAGAUUGGUAAGAUAUGAUUUCGGAAAGGUCAUACAGGAUAAGCUGGAUCUAGACGAUCAAAGUAUAAUGAAAGAAUAUGGAAUGAAGUCGAUCGGUAAUUCCUCUGUAGCUGUUAAUGCAAGUGGCAAGGUAGUAGCUGUGGGAGGAUGGGAUGGGAAGAUCCGCUUGUUUUCCGCAGAAUCAUUCAAACCGCUCGGUUCACUCUCAUCUCAUCGCGAAACAGUACAUACUUUGUCUUUUGCAAAUCCUGUCAAUCACACUCAGAGGGUACAAGACACAGAAGACCAAUCUACUAUAGAUAUAGAGGAGGAUGAUGAUAGUGAUGAUGAAGAUGAAGAAGAUACUGACACAAUACCUAAAGAAAGAUGGUUGGCGAGUGGAGGUAAAGAUACGAAAGUGGCUUUGUGGGGAUUGAUGGAUUUUGAGAAGGGUUUGAAGGAUGAUUGA